UGACCCAGGUGUCAGCUGUUAGGUCAAAAAUUACAUUAUGCAGGUUCAAAAGUAUAGUUCAGUAUUUUCAAAUUAUUGCGUAUAAUUUUGGGGAGCCCGCACUGGAACGAGUCGACACACAAGCGCGCGCACACACACGCCAUUGCCUUGUCAGCUAACCCCCUCUAGUGCCGAGCAUCCUGCACAGAUGCGCUCAGUCUCCUUGUAGCCCCCGCUUCAGCUGCUCUACCGCUGCAUCCCAAUCAUUUCUCUAUUCACCGUUCCCAUCUCGCUGCAGCAGCGGAUCGAGUUGGAGCUGGCAACCCUCGGCACACUGCCGUGCCAAAAGCAGGAGUGAAAGUCUGUCACGACUCCGUGCGCUAUAGAAAGGCACCACAUUGCGUUUUAAUCUGUACUUGAGAUUUUUUUUGUUAAUAUAAAUCCAUUAACCGCGAAUGAAGCGCAUGGGAAAUCUCCAAAGUAGUUAGGUGGAAAGUGUUUCUCACCUUGUGUGAAAAUUUGAUUUCACUCUAGAUAUUUUGCCGACUUUAUUCAAAAUCUCUCCGUUCCGCGCCACAGCUGCCACUGCCACAAGGUAGAGAAUGGACCAUCUCCGGCUGUGUCACCCGGCAGCUCUCUACCAUCGGGAUCAAAUGUAAAGACCAGGAGCAGCGGAUCGGUGUUUCUGGACCUUCCAGUGACGUGUUUUUAUCUGGCUACAGCUACCUCUCGGCUAGAAAUACCCAGACAUAGCCGGUGAUAGAUGUUGCAGACAUGAGUUUUGGAAACAGAUUUUUCUUCGUUUCACUCUUUCUUGGAACUGCCCUCACUCGUUUCUGCAACUGCAACCAAGUUGUGUUGCUGGAUACAACGUCUGUGCUUGGGGAGCUUGGAUGGAAGACAUAUCCAAUAAAUGGGUGGGAUGCCAUCACAGAGAUGGAUGAGCACAACCGACCCAUCCAUACUUUUCAGGUUUGCAAUGUGAUGGAGCCCAACCAAAACAACUGGCUUCGCUCCAACUGGAUUUCACGACAGGCAGCCCAGAAGGUCUACGUGGAGCUUCGCUUCACCUUGCGCGACUGUAACUCAAUCCCUUGGGUGUCUGGCACCUGCAAGGAGACCUUCAAUCUAUUCUAUCAUGAGACGGACGAGGCACACGGUGUCAAGUUCAGGCCUGCACAGUACACCAAGAUUGACACCAUUGCUGCUGAUGAGAGCUUCACUCAGAUGGAUCUUGGAGAUCGGAUCCUCAAGCUCAAUACGGAGGUGCGGGAGGUGGGACCCAUAAACAGGAAAGGCUUUUAUCUGGCUUUCCAGGACAUUGGCGCUUGCAUUGCAUUAGUGUCUGUGAGGGUUUACUAUAAGAAAUGUCCAUUUACGCUGAGGAACCUGGCCUCAUUUCCAGACACAGUGCCUCGUGUGGACUCUUCUUCAUUGGUGGAAGUGAGGGGGGCCUGUGUUGACCAUGCUGAAGAAAGAGACACACCCAAACUGUUCUGUGGAGCUGAUGGGGACUGGUUGGUUCCCCUGGGAAGAUGUGUCUGUAGCGUUGGGUAUGAGGAGAUUGAUGGUUCAUGUGUUGCAUGUCGUCCAGGCUUCUACAAGGCAUAUGCUGGAAACAUUAAAUGUUCAAAGUGCCCUCCGCAUAGUUUCAGCUAUGGAGACGCAUCUGCUAUUUGCCGCUGUGAGAAAGGCUUCUUCAGGGCUGAGAAAGAUCCUCCAACUAUGGCUUGUACACGCCCUCCAUCUCCUCCACGGAAUCUGAUAUUUAACCUGAACGACACCUGCCUGCUGCUGGAGUGGUCUCCCCCCAGCGACACAGGAGGUCGCAGGGACCUAACUUACAACGUCCAGUGUAAACGAUGCGGCCCAGAGCCCGACCACUGCCAGCUGUGUGAAGACGAGCUUCGCUUCUUGCCAGGACCGUUAGGCCUGACCAACGCCACUGUCACUGUCUUGGAUUUUUCCGCACACGCCAACUACACCUUUGAGAUCGAGUCGCUUAAUGGUGUGUCAGACAUGAGCUCGUUCCCUCGACAGGUGGCCAUCAUCACCGUCAGCACUGAUCAGGGUGGUCCAUCUCUGGUCGGGACUUUAAAGAAGGACUGGGCUUCUCCAAACAGCAUCGCGCUCUCCUGGCAGCAACCUGAACAGACAACACUCCCGAUCAUUGAUUACGAGGUCAAAUAUUAUGAGAAGGAACACGAGCUGCUGAGCUACUCAUCGACACGCACCAAAGCCCCCAGUGUGAUUGUCUCGGGUUUAAAACCAGCAACUUGGUACGUCUUCAGCGUGCGCACCCGAACAGCUGCCGGAUACAGCUCCUACUCUCCUAAAUAUGAAUACGAAACUACAGGAGACUCCUCCAACAUGGCUUCUGAUCAAGGCCAGGUGUUAGUGAUCGUCACAGCAGCGGUUGGUGGCUUUACACUUCUUGUCAUCCUCACUCUCUUCCUCCUCAUCACUGGAAGAUGUCAGUGGUACUUCAAGGCCAAGAUGACCUCGGAGGAUAAAAGAAGGGCGAAUUAUCAGAAUGGACACGUCCCUUUCCCAGGAAUAAAGACUUACGUGGAUCCUGAUACAUACGAAGAUCCCACACAGGCUGUCCACGAAUUCACCAAGGAGAUCGACCCCUCCAGGAUCCGCAUUGAGAGGGUGAUCGGAGCCGGUGAAUUUGGAGAAGUGUGCAGCGGUCGUCUGAGAACACCAGGGAAGAAGGAGAUUGCCGUGGCGAUAAAGACACUAAAGGGAGGCUAUGUGGAGCGCCAGAGGCGGGACUUCCUGCGUGAGGCAUCUAUCAUGGGCCAGUUUGACCACCCUAACAUCAUCAGGCUGGAGGGCGUGGUCACAAAAAGCAGGCCUGUUAUGAUUGUGGUGGAGUACAUGGAAAAUGGAUCACUGGACUCAUUUUUGAGACAACAUGAUGGUCACUUCACCGUCAUCCAGUUGGUUGGCAUGCUGCGUGGCAUCGCUUCGGGCAUGAAGUAUCUGUCAGAUAUGGGCUACGUUCACCGAGACCUAGCAGCUCGAAACAUUCUGGUCAACAGCAAUCUGGUGUGUAAAGUGUCAGACUUCGGCUUGUCCCGAGUCUUGGAGGACGACCCGGAGGCAGCUUACACCACAACGGGUGGUAAGAUCCCAAUUCGAUGGACAGCUCCUGAGGCCAUCUCAUACAGGAAAUUCUCUUCGGCCAGUGAUGCAUGGAGCUACGGCAUUGUCAUGUGGGAAGUGAUGUCUUAUGGAGAACGACCAUACUGGGAGAUGUCCAAUCAGGAUGUGAUUCUAUCCAUCGAAGAGGGCUAUCGGCUCCCCGCACCAAUGGGCUGCCCAGUGGCCCUGCACCAGCUAAUGCUGCACUGUUGGCAGAAGGAGAGGAAUCAUCGACCAAAGUUUACAGAUAUUGUUUCUUUCUUGGAUAAACUAAUCCGUAACCCAAGCAGCCUGCUGCCGCUGGUAGAGGACAUUCAGAGUCUACCAGAAUCUCCGGGGGAGGAAAUGGACUACCCAAUGUUCAUCUCUGUCGGCGACUGGCUGGACUCCAUCAAGAUGAGUCAGUACAAGAGCAAUUUCAUGGCAGCAGGCUACAACACAUUGGAUUCAGUGGCGAGGAUGAGUAUUGAAGAUGUGAGGCGUAUUGGUGUGGAGCUGAUCGGCCACCAGAGGCGAAUCAUCAGCAGCAUACAGACCCUUCACCUUCAGCUACUGCACGAACACGAGAAGGGUUUCCAUGUAUGAGGGCGCCCUUUAUUAUAACCUGGGAUGGACAGAUAGAUGGACCAGAUGGAAGUGAGGUCUAGACCAUAUGACAGACAGUCUACAGCCUGUGCCUGGGUCUUAACCCCUCAUACAGGAGGUCAUUGGACAGACUACUCCAGCAGACUCUCCCCUGGUCUCCUUCACGUCCCAUAGUAACAAACUUUUUCUACUAUACUCCCCUUACACAGUAUGCCUGGUUCUUCCAGACUAUUUCAGCCUGAUAGACUGUUCAGGCUCUCCCAGGCCUUCACUUAGGGGAAUGUAAUGCCUUGUUGCAACAACAGUACUUUGUGUGUGGCGCAACAAUAUCUAGAGGUGUAGAUUUGCAAAUGUAAUCUACUGAUUCUUUUUUUUUGUAUGUUCCUUUUUUCUCUUUCUGCUCCGAGUUAUGUGCUCAUGUAGCUGCUAUCGGGUGUGCAAUGGAAACAUUUUGUCCUUUGAAAAGAAAAAAAUAUAUAUCCUCAAUAUUUUUUAUUUUGGAGUUUGAUAUUUUAUCAUAAAGGUUUAUUUGGAUUGCUUUAGUUACCCUCUCUCCAGAGAAUCUGGUACACUAAUACUUGAAGAAAGAAGCGAGAAGUUUAUGAAUGUUUAAAAGUGUAUAGACAAGUAAUAAUAAUUAUUAUAACCUAAUAUGAAUAUAUGUGCAGUCCUGUAUGUGAAAGCCCUAGUAAAUCUGGAUCUUACUUAGAUAUUUAAUUUUACUGAAAAUUGGUUUGUUUGUUUGUUUUUUAAUCAAAAACAGCAAUACAGUAUUAUGCAGUCACCUCAGUAUCUCAGAGAAAGAUGAAGAAUUGUGCAAUGAGAGAACUCUUGUUGACAUACAAACAUGAGGCUCACAUAACACCAUCCGUCAGCUUUAGUGUCAUACCCAAAGCUUGCAGAACUGGAUCUGUUGCUUUCAGAUGAACAAAGUCUAUCCUGAUAUGUUUUAGCAGCCAGUGUACACCCAGUUGUGCGAUCAGCCAGUUUUGUUUUGGGUUAUUUAUUUAUUUACUUGGAUUCUGAAUGUCAUACAUUGCCUGAAAGUACACGAAUCUCCACUGUCUUAACAUAUGAAUGUUCACAGAGCUUAGCUAUAGAGGAGAGACAUUUGGCUGGAAACUUAACAGGGACUUAUAUGAUGAAAUUCUUCCAUGCUGUUAUUGUUUUUGUUUUUUUCUUGCACACACUCACACAGACAGUACCGACAGAGGUUUGCACUUCAGAGACAAAGUUGAUCCAUGAUGUCAGAGAAAAGCUCAUCUGGGGUGCAAGAUCACCAGAUGGAGUAAUUGUGGUCGUGUAAAGAUUGUGAUAUGGGAAAACUGUGUACAUAAACAUAGCCUGAUUUCAGACUGGCACUAGAUGUCAUGUUGUUGGAUGUUUGCCAUUGAGAUGAACAUUUUCUUCAUACUCUUAAGUCAGCUGGGAAUAUGCAGUGGUGCAGAAUAAAAGUACUUAGUUAGAGCUGGAGGCAGCAGAAGUAGCUAAAAGCUGGUUAAUGGAAACCGGUGUGAAAAAUGUCAGUAGUCUUAGUUACGUGAGGUUAGGACAGAUGUGUUCGGUAGAGAGGCUUAAUGGAGACAGAGAGAGAGAACCAACAUAAACAGCAGCAUCAUAACUCAUCAUGUGUCAUUGUAACAUCAACAGUAACAAACACACAUGCUCAAAAACACACAAACAGACACAGAAUGCCUUACAGUCUGCGGACCAUGCAAGCCGUUUAUAAGUUUCAGUGCAGUCACAGGACCUAGCCAUUAGUCUGAAUUGUAUGAGAAUAACCUCCCAUCUACAGCUGUGGGUUUUAAUAAGAAUUGGAGCUCAAUGAUUAAUGUCAAGGCCAAACUGGAUACAAAGAUCUGUGCCUUUCGGUCACGGCGCAGUCAUGUAUCCAGGCCUUCAGGAGCAGGAAAGGUGCACGCACAGCACACAUCCAAACGCGCACACAUUUGCACACACACACACACAAACGCGCUCGCAGUCACCGCCGCUCUACAGAAUAUGGGGAAUAUCAGAUGCUGUUUGUUUAGCAUGUUCUACUGCUGAGCAAUGUUAGAACGUUCUUUUGUACAAAGUACAAGUAUACUUAUAAUUCUUGUAUUUUAUUUUUCUAUGAUUUCCAAAGAGAUGUUGUAGAUCUUGCACACUGUAAGAGGCAGUUACAGCGAAUAUUUAUUUGCAAAUAAACAUGAACAGUUC